AGCCUCUUCCAGCUCCACUCCGGCAACAUGGCCCCUACAGACAUGAACAUGAUGAGCAGGAUCACCUUCUACGAGGACAGGAACUUCCAGGGACGUUCCUACGAAUGCAGCAGUGAUUGCGGCGAUUUGUCCUCCUACAUGAGCAGGUGUCACUCCUGCAGGGUGGAGAGAGGCUGUGUCAUGGUCUACGAUCGCACCAACUACAUGGGUAACCAGUACUUCAUGAGGAGGGGAGAGUAUGCCGACUACAUGAGCAUGAUGGGAAUGAGUGACUGCAUCAGGUCCUGCCGCAUGAUCCCUAUGGUAACCAGCUAUUUUACUACACUACUCAAUCCCCAUGGUAACCAGUCUCACAAUACAGCAUUUGUAAUCUCCAUGGUAGCUACUUAGCUUACAGCACUACAUUGCCCCCUGGGCA